CGGGGUAUUGAAUACCAUCUCUUGUACUUGUGAUACCUCAGCCAUGACUAGGACGUGACAGGAACUUGUGGUCUGUGUCUCCCCAGGUGUGUUCAGCCUCUAUGACCAUAUAGGGAACACGGAACCCGCGCGCACCUGUGAGCUGACGUCAUGCGCUGAAAGAACCUGCUGAAACUCGUCAAGCUGAAACUGAGUCAGAAACUGAGUCUGCCUGCAAGGGGAGAAGACACGACAGAAAAAAACUCGCAAAGGAAUACUUUUCAUUUCUACAAUUAUUUAUUUUUUUUAUUUUUAAUUACUUUCAUCGAGAGGAAUAACUGAUUGAGGAUUAAGUCACAAAUGGGGACCGCUCCAUUUGCCAUUUUGGCCAUUUUAAUCGUCGUCUUUCAGGCUUCUGCUUUAGAGCCGACUGAGGAGCCAGCAUGUGUGCCUGGAUUCAAGUCGGACAUGUUGGUUUUCCAAGUGCCCAGAAAGCACCUGGCGAAGAACUUCAGACUGGGAAAAGUGCACUUCACGGACUGCACAGACCGCACGAGAUUUCUUUUCAAAAGUGAUCACAGCCGCUUCCACGUUGAUCACGACGGCACACUGAAGGUUAAAAUACCUACAACAAUGCAUGAACAGCAGGAUUUCAUCGUCCACACCUGGGACACGCAGAGACACAAAUUUAGUGUUCACGUCAGGGUAGAGCACCAAAGGCAUCACCAUGGCAACCACCACCAAAAUGCAGAGCAUCACCAUGGACACCACCACGCACACCACGACCACGACGCUCAGCCGGACUCUGCUACGAACACGGAGAGUACAACCGAUGCACCAGUACCCAUACUGGUGUUUCCCGGGCAUGUUGACGGGCUGAAGAGGAAGAAGAGAGAAUGGCUCAUUCCUAAGCUCCGUGUUCCUGAGAAUUACAGAGGACCCUACCCCCUAAAAGUAACUCAAAUCGGUUCUGAUAAAGAUCAGGUAAAGAAAGUCUUCUACAGCAUCACUGGUCCAGGAGCUGAUCAGGAGCCUGUGGGCCUUUUCACCAUGGACCGUCUCUCCGGCAUUCUGUAUCUCACACAAGCGCUGGACAGAGAGAAGCAAGCCAUGUACAAUCUUCAAGCACAUACUGUAACCGAAGGUUCAGGAACAGCUGAGGAGCCUAUCGAUAUUCUAGUCCAUGUGAUAGACCAGAACGAUCACUCACCUACUUUCACUCAAGACACCUUCGUGGGAGAAGUUCCCGAGGCCUCAAAAAGAGGUUUUGAGGUGAUUCAGGUCACGGCCAUAGAUCUUGACGAGGAGAAUAACGACAACUCAGAAAUCAGGUACCGUAUUGUAAGUCAGGAACCAGAGAUGCCGAAUCCAAACAUGUUUGCAAUCAACCCUAUAACUGGAGCUAUCAGAGUCAACGGCGAUGGGCUAGACAGAGAGAAAUUUCCCAAUUACACUCUGACGGUUGAAGCAGCGGACAUGAUUGGAGAAGGGUUGAGGGGAGAAGCCAGAGUAAUCCUUACUGUCUCAGACAGCAAUGACAAUGCUACGACCUUUGAUAAGUCCAAGAGUACAACCGAUGCACCAGUACCAAUACUGGUGUUUCCCGGGCCUGUUGAUGGGCUAAGGAGGAGGAAGAGAGACUGGGUCAUUCCUGACCUCCAUGUUUCUGAGAAUGACAGAGGACCCUACCCCUUAAAAGUAUCUCAAAUCCGUUCUAAUGAAGAUAAGGUAAAGAAAGUCUUCUACAGCAUCACUGGUCCAGGAGCUGAUCAGGAGCCUGUGGACCUUUUCACCAUGGACCGUCUCUCCGGCAUUCUGUAUGUCACACAACCGCUGGACAGAGAGAAGCAAGCCACGUACAAUUUUCAAGCACAUGCUGUAACCGAAGGUUCAGGAACAGCUGAGGAGCCUAUGGAUAUUGUUGUCAAGGUGAUAGACCAGAACGAUGAGAAACCUCGUUUCACUCAAGACCCCUUCGUGGGAGAAGUUCCCGAGGCCUCAAAAAGAGGUUUUGAGGUGAUUCAGGUCACGGCCAUAGAUCUUGACGAGGAGAAUAACGACAACUCAGAUAUCCGGUACCGUAUUGUAAGUCAGGAACCAGGGAUGCCCAAUCCAAACAUGUUUGCAAUCAACCCUAUAACUGGAGCUAUCAGAGUCAACGGCGAUGGGCUAGACAGAGAGCAAUUUCCCAAGUACACUCUGACGGUUGAAGCAGCGGACAUGGUUGGAGAAGGGUUGAGGGGAGAAGCCAGAGUAAUCCUUACUGUCUCAGACAGCAACGACAAUGCUCCGACCUUCGAUAAGUCCAACUAUGUGGCAACAGUUAAAGAAAACAAAGUGGAUGCUCAGAUCGUCGUGAUGACUGUAAGCGAUGGUGACGUGCCAAAUUCCCCAGCCUGGAACGCCAAGUUCACUAUUGUCAGUGGUGAUACUGAAGGAUUUUUCGCAGUGAAAACAGGAAGUAACAAGAAGGAAGGAAUCAUUUCUACUGUCAAGGGUCUCGACUUUGAAAAGAGCAAAAGCCACACACUUUUGGUUGCAGUGGAGAAUGAGAUUCCUUUUGCACUUGACCUGCCCACUGCCACUGCCACAGUGGUGGUGACCGUGGAGGAUGUCAACGAAGCUCCAGUGUUUGAUCCGAUAACAAAGACGGUGUCGAAGCGAGAGGACCUUGCUGUCGACACUGACAUAGUGCUGUACACCGCUUCUGACCCAGACACAGCGCGCAAACAAAAAGUCAUGUAUAAGGUAAUUAGAGACCCUGCCGGCUGGCUGAACGUGGCCAAAGACACAGGCCUGAUUAAAGUUAAAACUCCGAUGGACAGGGAGUCCCUCUUCGUCAAGGAAAACAAAUACACAGCACUCAUCGGUGCAUACGACAAUGAUGAAAUCCCGGCCACAGGAACUGGUACUCUGAUAAUCCAUCUCGAAGAUGUCAACGACAAUCCGCCAACCAUCGAGGAACGUAAAAUCAUGGUUUGUAACAAGGAAUCGGCUCCUCAACUGCUGACAGUAACGGAUAAAGACGGACCGGACUUUGCUGCUCCAUUCAGCGUCUCUUUACAGGGCAGCUCAAAGAGCAACUGGACUGCUAUGAUGAAUGGUUCCAAAACGGGCAUCAUCCUGAGACUAUUCUCUGAGUUGCCGAGCGGAGAAUACACUGUGGUCCUGAGGGUUGCCGACAACGAGGGCCUGGAGCAGGACAGCACCGUUCAGGCCAAAGUGUGCGACUGCAAGGGAAAAGAUGUGACCUGCAAAGACCUUGCAAAAGCUGCCAGCAGUCUGCCCCUCAUCCUGGGAAUACUAGGAGGCAUCCUGUUGCUGCUCAUGCUGGUGUUGCUGCUGCUGCUGUUUGCGAGACGCAGAAGAGUGGUGAAGACGGAUCUUCUUUUGCCACCCGAGGAUAUCAGAGACAACAUCUAUCACUACGAUGAAGAAGGAGGCGGGGAAGAUGAUCAGGACUACGAUCUGAGUGUUCUCCACCGCGGUCUGGACAACCGGCCCGAGGUGUUCAGGAACGACGUGGCACCGAACUUCAUGCCGGCUCCUCAGUAUCGACCUCGCCCUGCCAACCCGGAGGAAAUCGGCAACUUCAUCGAUGAUAACCUGAAGGCAGCAGACAAUGACCCGACAGCGCCCCCCUACGACUCCCUGCUGGUGUUCGACUACGAGGGAGGCGGCUCAGACGCGGGAAGCCUCUCCUCUCUGAACUCGUCGAGCAGCGGGGACCAGGACUACGACUGCCUCGGCGAGUGGGGGCCGCGCUUCAAGAAGCUGGCCGACAUGUACGGAGGAGGAGAAGACGACAUGCUGUAAACGUACCAAAAGAAUAAAAGUUGUAUAUUGGUGGAUGCACAUUAUGGCUGCGUGAGUGCUAGAUUUGUGUAAGCAUGAACUGAUGAGUGACAGCAGCCCAAAAGGGAAAGUAUCGUACAACCAAACAGCCACAGACCCACAGAUGAUUUAUGUGUGGGGAUUGAGGUUUAUUGUCACUGCAGUCCUUUUAGUGGUUCACAGCCACUGCUCAGAAACUUCAGGAUGAGUUUUAUUAAUGUAUAAGUUCCCCAUUUUGAGUGGUUAAGCUCUGUCUGCCUGUCUUUCAGAUCUUUGUUAAGUUCAACUAUGCUCUUUGUUUUUCUCUUCACUGAGUAAUGGAGCCACAUCAGUCUCAAUGUUGAUUUAUGGAUUUUUAUAUGCAGAUAUUUCAGCCUGUGCUGAAGCUUAUACUGGUUGACACUGGAUAUGUACACAAGAUGCUUGCAGUUGCACUCGUAACUUUUGUGUCAUUUUGGCAAUUUAUGGUACUUUAAAAUUUUUGUUUCUAUUUUGUAUGUAGAGUUUGUACUACUGCUUCAUUUUAAAUUCCAUGGUUUUGUAUUUUCUGUUUAAGGAAUGAAAUUGCAAAUGAUCAAGGGGGAUUUCAGGUAGCCAGCCAAUAAUAACGCCACAUCACCCUCCGAGAUGUUGGUCUACAAGUUAUCAAUUAAUGCUUUUUAAAAUGUUUGUGUUGACGUCCUUAUCAAGUGUCAAACACUGUUUUGCAGUUACCUCCAAUGGUACUUUAUUGAGAAUGCUUUGUGCUAAUGUUGAAUUUUUUUAUAAAGUUAUCUUAUACAAUAA